GGUUCAUCAUGACACAUGCAUGAGACACUUGAGAGGAGCAAAGCAUCAGUCAGCGUCCAGCCCAAGCAAACUGAACAUCACUUAUGUGGAGAGUACAUUAUUCAUGUCCGGAUUUUACCUGGAAGUCAUAACGAAGUAAUAAAGUCUUUCAGUUUGGAAUAAAAUUAUGGGAAUUCAGUUAGUUGGCUUGAAUCGUAAUAUCCAAUCAGACUGUGUGCUUUCUCACAAUUUUAACAUCAUGUGACAUGUGGACUGUCCAAUGGAGACCACUACAACACUUAUCAAGAUAAACAGCCGACUCGAGAGAAUUCUUGAGCAUCUUGAACCCAACGUAACAACCGUGUUAAACGUGUCCGCCCCCUUCCAUCAUCACAUGAAUAAUGCCGUGUUGGGGGUUCUCCUUGGCACACUGUCCCUUCUGACGGUUAUCAUGAACCUGCUGGUACUUUUUGCCGUCAGAAAAGAAAGAACAUUGCACACAGUUGGGAACCUUUACAUAGUUAGCCUCUCGAUAGCUGACCUGAUCGUUGGAGCCACAGUCAUGCCCUUGAAUCUAGUGUACCUGCUAGAGGAUGAAUGGAAAUUGGGUCGGCUUGUUUGCCAAUUCUGGCUGGUAAUGGAUUACGUUGCGAGCACGGCUUCUAUUUUCAGUUUGUUCAUCCUAUGCCUGGACAGGUACCGCUCUGUCCGACACCCCUUACAGUAUUUAAAAUACCGGACACGAGGAAGAGCUACAUUGUUGAUUUGUAGCGCAUGGCUUCUCUCCAUGACAUGGACAGUUCCCAUUCUUGGGUGGCGGAUGUUUGCACAAGUUGACAGGAAGCCAGAGCUGGAGAACAAGUGUGACACAGACUUCCGCUUUGUGACGUGGUUCAAGGUUCUGACUGCCAUCCUUAACUUCUACAUCCCAUCUUUCCUGAUGCUUCUGUUCUACUCGCAGAUCUUCAUUGCUGUGCGGGAACAUUACAGAGAGUGGGAGAACUUCGCUGGUCCGAUGGUGAAAACGGAAGCAGAUGAUACAUUACAAAACGGAAUGCCGUUGCAAAUAACCAAAGUGUCUGAGAAAGAUAGUUUGGGUUCACAUGCAUAUUCUCCAAAAGAGGGUCUGUUGGAUCAGUACAGUUUGGAACAGCCUUACAAUUUAAGGGACAAUCUGGAGGAAAACACAGAUUCCUUGUCUGAAGUGAAGAAGAAAAGUUGUUACAAAAAGAAACCGAUAUUCGGUCUUUCAAAACGCAUGAGAAAGAGCAUGCAAGAGUCCAAGGAAAUUUCCUCUUUGAGCGAUGAUGGAGAAACUAUUGCUGGAGCUCCCGUCAGGCAGCCAUCUUUAUCUCUGGGCUUUCUCCAGUCGGAUAAUAACACUCAGCCCAAAACCUUCGUGAAUGUGAAUGACUGCAAUGUGUUAGUGCCGAAUUCUGUCGGUAACAUUUGUGAGAUUGCACCCGCAGUGGAUAUUCACAAUUACACAGCUGUUUUCUGCAAUCACGAUACGCCGCCUUCACCACCAUCACCGUGGGCAGAAAACAGUCCUCAACUAGACACUACCAAUUCAAUGCCUGUAAAACAAAUAUGGCAGAAGCUCUGUGAACAAUCAAAACAGAGCGUCCACAGCAUGCGCAUACGUAAGGAGAGGAAAGCCGCCAGGCAACUCGGCUGUAUCAUCGGUGUCUUUAUGGUGUGCUGGAUCCCGUAUUUUAUCACCUUUAUGGUGAUGGCUUUGUGUGAAACUUGUGUCCAUCAUGACCUUCACAUGUUCACUAUUUGGCUUGGGUACAUCAACUCCACUCUGAAUCCUUUCAUAUACCCACUGUGCAAUGAAAACUUCAAAAGAGUGUUCAAGAAGAUUUUUCGUAUUAAUAGAUGAAAUUUACAGUUUUAACACGGCUUUAUAAAAACUGUUAGCUUGCCUGUUCCAUCUGUGAUUUUGAAUCGUGUUUCUCGUGACAUUGUGUAAAGUUUCUACAUUGGUAGCAAGUAAUCACCAAGAUGUGCAUCUGUCAGAUCUUGUAUGUAUAAAGUAAUGUUAUUAUUUAUAAUUUUUAUUAUUAUUUGCAAUCUGCAUCAGAUUAUUAUUCAUCAUAUAGUUGUUUCAUCAUUUUAAGGUCAAAUUCACAUUUAACCAAGAGUGUAUUCAAACUAACGAUGAAAUUUAAAGGUGCCGUAGAAUGUAAAACUGUAUUUAUCUAGGCAUAGAUGAAUAAUAAGAGUUCUCUACAUGGUACUGACAUAUCAUGAGCCUCAAACACGAUUGUUUCCUCCUUCUAAUGUAACCCUUGUUUAUGCAAAAGACAGCUGGAAAACAGACCAAUCUCAACAUAACACCAACUGUGACGUUACAGUCGAGAUGUUCGUCCCUACAUUAAAUUGCCGAAAUAAUGCAAUAUUUGUCAGCUAUGUCAAUGGUUGCGUGUUAAAGAUGCUGUCAUAGUUUGGAAUGCAAAUGUAGUCAGGGCUAUGAGAAAAUCGCUUUGUUACUUUCGUCCCGCGUUACUUUCACCCUGGUUUUCCCCUAUUCACAGUUCUACCCUACUGAAGGAGCUGCUUUGUGAAACAACCAAUCAGAGGAGAGCUCAACUGAUUAUUCAUGACCCUUUCAAAUAAGGUAAUAAUAGACCAUUUCAUUCUAAAGGCAUAUUCUGGGGUUGUAAAUGGACAUGUAAAACCGUCUCUAGAUAAUAGUUGCACUUAAUAAAGCCACAUACCUUCUAUCUAGAUCUAUUUAACAGAUUAUUUCAAUGCAUUCUUUGGCACCUUUAAGCACUUAAAAUGCUACUAUAAAAUGACUGCUUCAGCUUUUAGAUCCAAUUUUACCACACAAAGUAACAAGUACUGUAACUGCAGUAUUUAUCAUCCUCAUGUACAGUAUUUUUAUUUGCUACAGCUUUGGCCAUAAAUCCAUCAAGUAAAUCCAACUGAUUUUGGAUUUUCCACUGCUUUGACAUUAAUCAGGCCUAUGUUUUCAUAGCAUGUACUGUACACAUCUAAAAGCAAUUUCAUUCAAUUUGGUAGCCCAUUAUAUUAAAAGCUUGUAACUGGCACAUACAAGGACAGAUGAACAUAUUGGCAUGUUUUAAAUGGCAGACUAGUCUUUAUGUUAUUUUAUUUUAUGCAAAGGAAAAUGUUGUGUGUAUACAUUAAUAUACACAGUCUGGACAUUAUUUGUGAACAUGGGAAACCCAGAUCAUUUGCCACAGCUGCCAUAAAUGUAGUAUAAAAUCAGAGAACACUGUGUUAAAAACUGUACAGAUCAUAAAAUAAUUAAAUAGCAAACAGUGAUCAUUUAAAACAGGAAA